AUGUUAUUACUACAAAAGUUUCACUUUAAUGAUAAUAAUAUCAUAAAUAACCCAAUAACAAAAAUACGACCAGUAGUCGACAAACUGAAGAUAUUCUUUUCGCAAUCAUUUAUACCGUAUGAAAAUCUAUGCAUUGACGAAAUCCUCUUACUAUACAAAGGCAGAUGUUACUUUAAACAGUUUAUACCUUCUAAGAGAAGUAGGUUUGGCAUCAAGACAUUUGUCCUUUGGAACUGUAAAAUUAAUUACAUAUUGGACUUUGUAAUUCAUUCCGACAAAACAGAGAUUAAUCAAAGUAUUGCAGCCAUUGGAAUUUCUGGAAACGUUGUAAUGACGCUUCUUCCACCUUAUCUUGUAAAGGGUCAUGCACUAAUUACAGAUAAUUGGUAUACAAGCCCACGUUUAUAUAUUUUACUACCUGAACACACAUCUAAUGCAUUUGGGACUGUUCGUAAAAAUAGAAAAGAAAUGCCUUGUAUGGAAGAAAACCUGAAGAUGGGAGAAAUUUGCUACUGGUCCGGUAACAAUUUAUUGGCAAUGAAAUGGCGUGACAAAAAGGACGCCUGUCUGUUGUCUUCUGUACACACAGUUAGGUUGAUUGAAAUUGAGAGAAGAGAUUAUCGUACAGGAUUAAAUAAGAAAAAACCAUAG